GUUGAGUUGUCAGUACACAAUCGGGUAGCGCAGGAGGUAUACCGCUGUCUUUGAAGAGCAGAGGGCAUUCCUCACGCGUUCACAUUUUCACUCCAGUGUCCACUCACGCCGAACAAGUUUUUUUUAAACAACUGAACCAAGAUGCUCUGAGACAGGGAAUCGACCCGAAAAAAUCUCCCCGACUGUCAAAAUAAAAAAAAAAUUGAAUUCAGAGACGGAACAGCCGAGGAAAAUCUGAUAAAUAACAACGACUGUCAAAUUAAUGCAGAUUAUCAAUGAUCACGUGUGUGGCAGAGGAGUAGAACGCGGAAUGACAGUUGACACGUCUCUGAUGAUAACAAAUACGUAUGACAACACGUGGAUGAGCUUGGGCGUUGCCGUUUUACGCAGUGGAAUAAAAGACAGUCGUUGGAGAUUCGGCGAGGACCGCAGGGGUUGAGUCAGAGAAGUUUUCGUGACGGAGGGCUUUCGCACAGCACUGGCGCGGCUGCGGCACUGCACCCCACCCGGGGGUUCCCUGCCAAAUACCCCCAAUCCACCCGCCACCCCCGAGCACAAGGUUCACGGAUGCGUGGACAAUCGUAGCUCGGCUAAAGGAUCAAAGGGUGGUAUCAAAGAUACAGGGGAGUCGCAGUCGUCGCCAGCACGAGGAAGUAGUCAUCAUGCGACUGACAGUGCUAUCAAAGACGGCGAUCUCUUGGCACAUGCUGCGUCCGCUCUCAAAAGGCUACACUUUAAAUCAGCGGGAGAGAGUCGCAGCUGUCGGACUGUACCCCCAGCAAUUUCAACUGUUCCCCAGGUUGUCGUCAUGGGUUCUAGCACUGCCUCUAUCGACACGACCAUCUACAACAGCACGGACAGUGCCAAGACGAUGGUCACAACGGUAACAACAGACUCUGAACAGCGCGAUGACAGCCUGGACCUGAUCGACGAGCCCUCAGAGAUGUCACCACCAGCAAACCAUCCGGCCUCACCCCCCUCAAAAAUCGAUUCAACAAAAUUAGAAAAUUUAUCAAAGAGCACAACGGCCAAUGGUACACAUCAGCGCACCACUGCCCCAAGCGUUGAUGCACCAUGUGGAGGUAUAGCUGGCGUUAGCCCAGUGAAUGGUGUUGGUGCACCACCACCAACGCCCCUCAUCGGUGCACGCCAAGAAAAUCGUUUUACAUUUACUAGUGGAAAAACACCAGCAUUGCCAGACCUGCGAACAGCGGAUUUUAGUACCCCAGUACGAGGAUCUGUGGACGCGGGCCAGCCGGAUCCCCAUCACUUGAACUCGAUGUUGGCCUUAGUAGCAGCUAAGGACAACGCUCUGCAGGAGGAGCCCGCAGUAAUAAAUCACAUAAAUGCAAACUCAGUCGUGUUGAGCAGAAAAACUGAUGCGCAAAUAAUCGUCGAAGGAAAAGAGAAGUUUAAACAAUCAAAGCCAUCGGCCAAGCCAAGCAUAAACGUCACUACGAAUCCCCUGGAUAUAUCUCUCUGCGGGCCCCAGCCAACUUGCAAUAGCCAGAGCUCGGCCGGCGCCAGAGGACGAGGACGACCACCAGAAGCUCAUCCCCUCGUUUCAACCAUUCAUUCAUGGGUCAGGCUCUUUUUCCCGUUUUGCGCAAUAGGUGGAAGCGCUGCCGGAACCAAGAGAACAGCCCAGGCGACGAUUGUCGUACAACAGCCCUCUCUAUCACUGGAUGCACCAGCGGCCACGAUACUCCUCAGGCCGGACAUUGAUGCCAGGCGAAGGGAAGAGAAUAUGCGACAGCUCCUUGACGUUACGGAUUCACUCACCUUCCAGGAGAUUCACAACAUUGAAAUGAAAUAUGGAAGUCCCCAUCACAGUAGAUCUCAAUCGGUGAAAACACCGGGUAGUCGUUCAUCAGGACGUCCAAAUUAUCUGUGUCUUCCACAACAACGAUCUCGGGUCGCCAGUAUGCCGAACACAGGAGUUGAAGAGGAAUACUACAGACUGAGGCACUUCAGCAUAACGGGAAAGGGAAUCGUCAACCGUGGUGAUUCCCUUAAAAGCCGACGAUCCCGUUCCAACAACAGCGUUGCCUCCAGCAACUCUAGGUAUUCUCUCGAAGCUAAACAUUAUAGUACCGAGCAUUUAACAGCCUCUUAUCCGGGCUCAGCGAGAAAUUCAGCGGCUGGUUCGUUAGCGAGUUCGCGUGAGAGUAGCGCAUCACAGGGAUCAACUCCUUAUCGUGUGCUCAUGCUGGGUGCACCAUCCGUGGGAAAAAGCUCUCUUGUAUCGCAAUUCAUGACGUCCGAGUAUCUGCACGCCUACGAUACAUCCAUCGUUAUUUGUGUUUCAGAUGACGAAUCAGGGGAGAAAACUGUGAGUGUACUUUUGGCCAAUGAGGAGUCAGAACUGACGUUUAUCGACCAUCCGAGUGCUGAGCUGACACCAGAAAAUUGUAUCGGCAUGUACGAGCCACACGCCUACUGCGUUGUUUAUUCAACGACCGACAGAACAUCGGCGCGAGUUGCGGAGGAAGUGCUUCAAACAUUAUGGCGAACGGAUCAUGUAUCAGCAAGGGCUGUGAUUCUUGUGGGGAACAAGGCGGAUCUCGUGAGGAGUCGAGACGUCGCCACCGAAGAGGGUAAAACCAUGGCAACAGCGUACGAUUGUAAAUUCAUCGAGACAUCAGUCGGUAUAAAUCACAAUGUGGAUGAGCUUCUCGUUGGUUUAUUAUCACAAAUACGCCUGAAAAUGGAGAAUCCAGAGAGAACGCGUGAUUUGUUUCGCAAGAGAUCACGGAAAACAAGGAGCAGAUCGCCUCUGGGUUCUUGCUCCGAGAAUAAUUCACCCAAGAAGUAUCGGGGUAGUCGCACCAGUGCCAGUCUCAAGGUAAGAAGUUUGCUGGGUAAAGUGUGGGCAAGAGACAGUAAAUCCAAAAGCUGCGAGAAUUUACAUGUACUUUAAGAAUUUUCAUUGCAACUCGACAAUGAAAGAGAAUUAAUUUUAUCAAUAGAAAUUUCUAAGGGUGGGAGAAGUUAGAUCUGAUUUUUUACAAAGACUGAAAUUGUUGGGACGGAAAUACUCAUUCUGCCUCGAUCGACGAAUAGAAAGUUGUGGGAGAAAAUAUCAUUUAAACAUUGAAGAAAUUUGAGAGAUCCUGAAGUCGUGGAUUCGUUCUCAUUUGAAAGUUUUUUCCAAUUUUUUUUUUGGGAAAACUGAUUAUAGUUUCAAGUUUCAUGGGGGAAAACAUACUCCAACAUUGACUUUUUCGCUCUGUUCCAUUUCAAUCCCCAAUUGUGGGGUCCCAUGGGCAUUCCUGGGAGCAAUAAAAAAAUUUCAUUCAAACCCAACGAUCCGAGAAAAAGAGUGGGAAUAUUAUUGCUGAAGUAGUUUAUUUUUUGCGGAGUGUUGAAGGUUGGCUGGAAUUUUUUCAAUUAAAAAAUGCAAAUCGUGUGAUAUUUUUCUUCAAUAUCAGAAGUUUUUGUUUGUAAUUAUAAAAUUAGGAGAGGGCGAGGCAGUUUGAGGCGAAUUACCUGAAGGGGAGUAUCAUAAUUAGAGAGAUAAGGAAACGCGGGGCAAGAUGGACAGUUCAGAAAUAUUUCCCAAUAUUUAAAAAUCAUUGAUUGCGCUCUUUUCAUAGAAAAAUAAUUGUUCCGUUUCGUCAACAGUUGACGAAGGUUUUAAGAAUACACGAAAAAUUCUGGGGUGUCCACUGCGCCCCCUCCUCCCCUACAUUCGUCGAGAUUCAACACGAAUUUGUGGAUCGUUGAGCUUUAAAAAAUGACGUAGGAUUAGUAUAAUAAUUGAAAGAAAAGAUUUAAGAGAGGAAAGAUGAAAGGACUGCACUGCAGCUGCGCAAAAUAUAACUCCAACUAAUUGCGGAGCUGAAUGAAAAAAAAAACAUUAAACCGUUUGAGCUGUAUUUUUGAAUCCCAUUUCGAAUACGCUUGGAUCAUAGCAAUAGAUGAACUUACGAAUUUAAGAGAAAAUACAUGAAACUAUAAAUUUUUGUCGCAUUGACACGAUUAAAAAGAAAACACAGUAGAACAUUUUGUGGUAAAUCUUGUAUAUCAUUGUGCAUAAAUUAAUGGAUAAUGAUCCGAUAAUAUUUAUUAUAAAUCCUUAGAGUGAAAAAUUUUACUCUUCAACGUUCGUGACCGUAACAUGAAUUUACACAAUUUUUUACAUUACGAUUUUGUACGUUGAAUCAUGAGAAAAAAAAAUGAGUGGAAAAUUUUUUAAAAUGUGAACAAGUAUAUAGAUAUAUCAAAUCACUUGUGCAUAAUCGAAAAGCGCGAUAUCCGACGCUAUAUCAUUUUGAAAUCUAUUCAUUUAUCUUAAGUUCAUUCUUGUUAUAUUUUUUUUUCAAACGAAAAAUUGUUCAAAAUACACGUGAAACUGCUAGAAUUGUUCUGAUGUUUAAUUCAUCACCGGAUGAAUUGAAUUGUUGGAUGACAAAAACAAUUUAGUGACAUCCACACGAGGUCCAUUAGAUUAUAAGUCGUUGAAGAAUAGCCAAGUGCAUAAAUGCGUCGCGUAUGUUGGAUCAUCGAAUCGAUAAUGUAUUUAUUUUCUUCAUCGAGGUGCAAUUCAAGGGGAAAAUAUUUCGCGUUAAUUCAAUGAAAAGCUCGUUCGAUGAAAAACAAGUUAUAUUCGAUAUUUUUUUUCAAUUUAUUGCCGCGCGAGAUUGAAAAACAUUCUUCAGCCUCUAGCUCUUCACUGGAGUGUAUCAGAUUAAUAUUUUGCGUGCACUCUUUGUGCUCUCGAUUCCCCAAUUAUUCGGUUAUCACGAUAUUUUCCACUUGAAUUUUGCCUCUGUUAAAGUGCAAUCAGCAAUAAUGGCACAACAACAGACGAGCACCUCGCACGAGGGCAUUAUUUCAGCGCUAUAAUUCCAGCAGGUGAGAUUGAAAACAAAUGUCUUUGCAUUCAGCACAAAAAAAAAAAUUAAAAUAAAAAUAUCUGGAUGUUCAAUACUCAAGUGUCCCCUUUGAAGAGAAUAAUCAUCUCGUGUUCGAGUGUUACCUUGUUCUCCCCAAGACUGUCUAAGAACCUCUUCGAAUUUCCAAUUAUUUCCCAAUCGAUUAUUAAUCAUAAUCAAUAGAACAAUCAAUUUCUUUGAAGUAUUUUUAUUGAAGAAACUAUUUACAUGGAAAUAAAGAGAUAACUCUACUCGUUAGCGUAAAACUCGUAAAUAUAGAAUUGUUAUCUUUUUUUAUUUCAAUUACGGAGAUGUGUAAUAUUGAGUGGGAAUUUCAGACGUGAUCAUUAAUUAUAUCAUUUUCAGGAGUGGCAAUGGAGACUAAUGAACAAGACAAAUAAUAAAAAAAAUGAAGAGAAAAUCUCCGAUUCGCUGGAACUCAUGUUUCAUUACGUAAAUUGCUAUUUGAUUAAUGGAAACCAUCACCAUUAAUUAUUAAUGAUGUGAAAGCAUUUCACUAAAAGACUAGGAGAGCUAGGGGAAAUGAAUAUCGAAACAAGCGAAACCAAUUUACAUGUUUCGACGAUAAAUGUCAUAAUCAAAAUGUUGAAUUAUUCAUAGAGCUCUAGCAAUUUUAAAGAUUAAAGACAAUUGAAAUAUCAUUUUAAUAGCGAAUUAUUUACGUUCGCAUGUCCGUCGAAUUUUAUCAGCCAGGGGGUGGCAUUAGAUCAUACAAAAUGAUGAUUGAAUUAUUGAAAUUCGUCUAGAAAAAUCAUGUUAUUCUCUGUGUCCAUACCAACUCGUUUUGUGUUCCUAAAUAAAUGAUAAAUAACAAUAAUAAUAGUGAGUAAUGUCAAGGUAACGCCGAACUGUAUGAACAAAAAAAAUUAAUAAUAAUGAAUAAAGAUAUCUCAAGUAACAUAGCGUCGAAAUAAAAUCAUGACCGACAUGGCGCAAAGCUUUGACCAAUGUUCCAGUGAAUUUUAGUACUUUAGCUGGGAGGAUAUUCUUAAUAGUGAAUUAAUACGUAUGAUAAAUUGUAUUCAUAUAUUAGUAGUCCAACCGGACAAUUUGCGUCAUCGCGGAACAAUUGAAACAAUUAAAUUGACAAAAAUCAAUCGUUUGAAUAAAAAAAAAAUAUAAACAAACAUUGUCCGUAAGGAAAUGGUGAGCGGAACAAGUAGCUAUUAUGAAUUUCGAUGAUGUCGAAGUGAGAGAGAAAUUUCUCGUGAAUUCGCAUCAUUUUUCAACAAACCCUUUCCAAUAAAAUUUGUGUGAAUUAUUGAUAAAUACAAACGUGUGGAGAGUCUUGAUAAAAUCCAUCUUUUUUUUUUAUGCGUGAGGGAUGCAUCUGCAAUUCAAGGAACAAUCCAAAAGUUCAUCGAUUAUUUGUAUUACUGCGUUCUUCUCGUCUCGUUUCAUACGUACUAUCAAUUUCGUGAAGUCAAACAUGUGCAUUCGUCUUUCAAUGGCAAUCAUCAAAGAAAGAUUGAGAGCUAAUUUUCUUGAAUUUGUAGAGAACUGUUAAUCAAGAGAAACUUACGAUCAAUUUCUCACAUAUUCAGUGGCAACAAACAGAAAUGAGAAUUUCAGCCGAUGGUCCGCGUAGAAAAAUAUAUCACUGGAAUAUUUUUCCGACAUUUUUGGAAGAUAUUGCACAGACGGAAAUUUUUCCUGGCGAUGACAAUGUACCGUAAAUUCUCGUUUUUGUUUUACCGACAUAACAAGCACUUAUAUAACAUUUUAAAUUAUGAAAAAUGUCAAAUUGUAAAUCCACGGUGUCUGCACUAUACGAAUAUGGCCACAAAUUAUAUAUUGUAUGAGAUAACAAAAAAAUCCGAAGAUACCCUUACUAGCGAGUAACGAACGAUUGUAUGAUCCAUAAUGUGUGAUCAAUUUUUUGUAGUCUAUGUUGGAUAAUUUAAAAAUUCAUUGUUUUGUAAUAAAAGAAGACGGAAAAUUAAUCAAGUGGA